GCGCAUGCGUAUUCAUGAUGUGGAAACGACAUCCCUGCUGCUGAGUUGAAAUGUUUGUCGACUAGCCUGUCAUAAUGCGGUCUUUGUUUUUUGUGAACACAUAGUGUAUUAAAAAUAUUCUUUCCUGGCAGCUUAGUUAGUUGAUAUGCUAUGAAGCUAACACGAAAACAGGUUCUCGCGAAGGCAAAGGCCUCCGACUUGGAAAGCGUGAAGAAAUUGAACUGCUGGGGAUGCAACCUGACUGAUAUUUCUAUCUUCACUCAAAUGGCCAACAUUGAGGUGCUGACACUUAGUGUCAACAACAUCUCAUCUCUCUCUUCUCUGGCUGGCUGUCUGUCUCUAUGUGAGCUCUACCUGAGGAAGAACAAUAUUCCCUCACUCUCUGAGCUCUCUCAUCUGCGAACCUUGACACGUCUCAGAGUGCUCUGGUUGGCUGAGAACCCCUGUUGUGGAACUGACUCCAUUCAGUAUCGCCUCACUGUACUGCGCUGCCUUCCUCGCCUCCAGAAGCUUGACAACCAAGUAGUGACAGAGGAUGAGCUUGCACUUGCUCUCAUGGAGGGUGAAGAAGUCACCACCCCCCCAGGCAGUGUUCAAAACCAGCCUUCCACCAAUGGACUUCCAGAUGCAGAGACAGAGAAUGACUCGCUUAACUACAACAUGGAGGAGACCAACAAAAUCAGGGAAGAGUUGGGGAUGAAGCCCCUCUCCAGAGACAAGUUCCCCUCUCUUUCUUCUCCAUCAACCAGAGAAAAUAAACCAUCAAUGAAAAAGACACACACUCUUGAUGCAGUUCUGCUGCUGCUGAAGGAUUUGGAUGAAGAGGAGCUUCACAUUGUACACACAGCUACCCAAAAUAGACUGCAAACCUACACACUGGACUCAGAGAUGCUGUUCGAUUCACUGAAGACACAAAAAACUCCCGAGAUCCAACACUGAAACAUUUUAUAGCAUGCACUCAGGGCCAAACCUCUCCCGCCUCUUUCCAUAUUUAACCUCAUUCUUGGGGCUCACAAUACAGAUCCUUAAACACCGCCUUUCUUACCCGUUACCUUUCGAUUGCAAUAUGCAUGGCACUUGAUUUGGUUCACUGAUCUCUCUCCCGUUUAUUACACAAUUUCACAUGUGGAGAAGUACUAAAUAACUUUUUUUUUUUUUUUUUUUUAAAUAGCAGCAUGCCUACCUGCCUUGUACAAACCUUGAACAAAACGUACGUUUUGCUAAAUGUAAAUCUAUUUCUAUAAUUAAAAAAAUGUAAUUGCAAUAAU